CAGGGCUGCGGAGGAGACCUGGGAACUCUCUGGUGCCUGCCCAGGCAGGGUUGCCCCAGGGAGGCCCCAGGUGGGCCCAGUCCUCCCUUCACACUGCCCAGGUGGGCUGGUUCCUCCCUUCCUUCCAUCCAUGUGCGCUCCGGCAGAGCCCUUAGUGACCCUGUAGGGGUCGGGCUGCUCUCCACCUCACGUGGGCGCUUCUGCCGCACGUGCACUUCUGCUCUGUGCCAGGCCCAACCCUAACUGCACCCAGACUGCGGGCCGUUCACUGUCCCGAGCGCCAGGCCCCCACCCCCGCCCUCCCUCUGGCAACCCUUGGCCCUGGAUCUCCCAUGUGUACUCCCCCCACCCCACCAUCCCGCAUGGCCCUCCAGCUCCCCCAGCUCCGUUUUGUUCCGUUGUGAAUGCCGUGUCCUGUGCUGGCGACAGGAGAACAUGUUGGUGAAGUGGCAGUGGCUCCGUGCUGCGUGCGGCCCUGGGCGGGUGGGGGGACGACGGAAGCACGUGGCGGCGGGCCAGGAGCGAUAGCCCCCUAUCUGUAGCCACAGUGCCCCGGGAGUGCAGCCCUGGGGUUAUUCCUGGCGGCCUCUGUGGUCUGUGCCCCACAGCCGGGCCUCUCUCUCCCAGAGCAAACGGGGCCAACAAGCUCUUCACCAUGGGCUCCGGGCCGCGCGGGGCUCUGAGCCUGCUGCUCCUGCUGCUGGCUUCGCCAGCCAGCCGCGCGGCCUGCCCCGCGUCCUGUGCUUGCGCAGGGACAUACGUGGAUUGCGGGCGCCGUGGGCUGACCUGGGCGACGCUGCCAGCCGUCUUUCCGCCCAACACCACAGAACUGGUGCUGACAGGCAACAACCUGACCAUGCUGCCACCGGGGCUUCUGGAUGCGCUGCCCGUGCUGCGUACCGUCUACCUGGACGCAAAUCCCUGGCGCUGUGACUGCCACCUGGUGCCGCUGCGCGCUUGGCUGGCCGGCCGACCUGAGCGCGCGCCUUACCGUCACCUGCGCUGUGUGGCGCCUGCAGUGCUGCGUGGCCGCCUGCUUGCCUACCUGGCCGAGGACGAGCUGCGAGCCACCUGCACGCUGGGCCACCUCUGCUGGGGGGCCUUGGCGGCACAGAUGGUGCUGCUAGGCCUCGGCCUGUUGCACGCGCUGCUGUUGGUGCUACUGCUGUGCCGCCUGCGGAGGCUAAGCGCCCUCCGACGCAUCACACCUCAGCAGUCCCUGACAGCCCCGCUGGUGGGUGCGCAGGCUACAGUUGACGCGUCCUGAGAGAGGAGCCGGACACCAGGCCGGGAGCACCGGGGAGGGACCCUGCGCUCAGAGCCCCGCUCUGGCUCACAAUUUGCCCCCCUACACGUUGUCCCAAAUCCCCGAGGGACGAAACGCCUCGUGCGGCUCCAUUUCUGGAGCAGUGGCGCUCAGACCCUGCAUAUUCUCCCCUCCUGGCCUGCAGAGCUCAAUAAACCUUUCUCCUCUGUA